AUGGGAGCGCUGCCUCGUCGGCUCUUGCUCCUGGCCUUUCUUGCUCUGCUGCUCGGAAUCUUCCUUGCGCCCGAUCCCAGGCUCCUGCUGGGAGACUUCCUGGGACGGCAUGUGGAGAUCGCAAGAAACCUAGCUGCCAUUGCCCUCUUCUUGGAGGUGUUGCAGCCGGCGACGGCGCAUCCUCAGCUGGCAGCACUGCAGCAUGUCGUCAAAGGGAUGAAGGCAUACUCAGAGGCCGAGGCUUCAGAAAUGUCUCCCUUGGACCGCGUGAUAGACCUGGUUGAUGAUUUCGGCUGGAAUCAUGGCUUCCUGAUCAAUGUCGGUGACGUGAAAGGGAAGAUUUUGGACUCAGCUGUGAAGCAGAGACUCCAGAGUGGUGGAAACCUGAAGUUGGCUGUUGAGCUGGGAACAUUUAUGGGUUAUGGCACUCUGCGUCUGUCGCGAAUGCUGAAUCACUCUGACGCCGAGAUCAUCACGGUGGAUCCAGACGUUUUCGCAUACACGUUGGCCAGCAGCCUGUACGAGCAAGCUCAGGUGAGAAAUCGCAUCACCAUCAAGACAGACUACUCGUACAAUGUCUUUGCAGAACUGAAAAAAGAGGGAAGGCAGAUCGACUUCCUCUUUCUUGACCACGUAAAGUCGCGAUACCUUGCAGACCUGCAGCUGGCACUGGCUAGCGGACUUCUGGCAAAAGGAUGUGUCGUCGUCGGAGACAAUAUCCUCUCACCCGGCGUUCCUGCCUUGAAGAAGUACUUGCUCGAAGGCGAAGGGUCGAAGCUCUUCAGCACCAAGGUGCAUCGAACUCACGUUGAGUACUGGCCCUUGUUUCCUGACGAGAUGACGGUCAGCACGUAUCUUGGGUGA